AAGGCAUUAAUCUCUUCCUAAGGUGUCCUUAUAUUCGAGAGUAUUUAUUUAUAGCUACCCUGUCUGUUAUGCAAAGAUAAUAUAUUUGCCUGUGGAUAUUUUGUUAUUGUUGUUUAGAGCUUUUUUUAAAGUAAUGAAGGCUCUGUUGAAUGAGAAAGGGGAACCAUAUGAAAAGGUGAUGGAGCACGAUGGGUAUUAUUUCCCAAACAAUUUAGGAGCUCAAAAGAAUGUAAAUGUUCCAGCGUUCCUGGCUGGUCUUAAUGAACUCAAUUUUAGAGAUGACGAAAUAUGCGUAGUUUCGUACCCAAAGUCAGGGACACAUUGGACUUUUGAGAUUUGUAACAUGCUUAAGAGUGGACGUACAGAAUUCAUUGACACCUUGAUACCGAUCUUUGAUUACAGUCCAAAGGAAAUGUUGAAAUUCGCCCAGAGCAAAAUUGGUGUCUAUACAUCACAUUUCUAUCCACGCCAUAUGCCAAAACAAUUAAUGAAGACGCGAUGCAAAAUAAUCCAUGUAUAUCGGAAUCCAAAAGAUGUUGCUGUGUCAUUCUUUAACUUCAUAAAAAAGCUAAACUAUGUUGAUAUCCAGGACAUGAGCUUCUCUGAAUUUCUGAGACAUUUUGUCAGCGGAAACGUUCAUUGUGGGAGCUGGGUUAAAUGGAUUGAAGAAUGGACGACAUUUAAGAGAGAAAAUCCAAACUAUCCACUUCUGGAGAUAUCAUAUGAAGAAAUGAAAAACAAUCUGAAAGAAAGUGUUGAAAGAAUUUCAAAUUUUCUUGGUCUCGAUUCUUCACCAAAGUUAGUUGAGGAUAUAGCAAGGAAAUGUGAUUUUGAUGUCAUGUCUGCACAUAAAAACUCGCAUGUUCCAGAAAGAAUGAAAAAUAUAUCAUCCCUUGAAAAUACGCAUAUUUUCUACAGAAAAGGUGGGGUUGGAGAUUGGAAGAACCAUUUCACGGUGGCUGAAAACGAGGCUUUUGAUAAGUCGAUGGAAACCAUAUUACCUAUACUAGGAUUGAAAAUAACUCAUGAGUUGUAAAUAGAUUUAGAAGUUGAUGAACCUUACAAAAGUAUACAGAAAAUAAUGUAAAUAGCAUCAUUUCGAUGUGAAAAAUGUAAACCUCUAGGGUUUAGAACGGACAUUUUAUUCGAACAUUUUAAACUUGGACUAUAUUCAUAUCAUAAUCAUUUUAGUUAUUAAUAGUGAACUUAGUAGUGACAGUAAAAUAAAAUAAAAGGUUAUUAAACAAACAUGUACAUUAUUAGUGUACCACAUACAGUGACUUUAUAAAUGGAAAAGGGACUUUAUGUUCAUGAACUAUAAUUACAAAGUUUAUGUUUUAAUCAUAGAUGGAUACAUUUGCUUAAAGAAUAUGUACAUAAGUAGUGAGUAUUGUUCGCUUUUAAUUAGUGUUUUGACAAUGAAAAAAAUUACACUGAAAUUUAUUUAAAUGGACAGGCAAGGGAAAAUGGUGAUGAAGUUCACGUCAGAUUUGUUGUCACAUUCUAUAAUGGAAUCUCAAAAUUGACUAGAUUUGUUUGGAAGUUUGAUCCAAAUUUUGACAAAAGUGCUACACUAAUCUUCCAUACAUUGGGAUUUGUCGUGGAUUACAUUUGAGGCAUUUAUUUUUAAAUAUGACUUUGGUCUGAUACCAAGGGCGGUAAUUAUGCCUGACCCAGUGUUAAUGGGUCCGUCAUAAGUGUUUGUACUAAUCCUGAGUUGAAUUCGCUGCGAGGAUGCGAUUGUAAAUGGAUAGUACUGUGU